AUAUUUCUUACCUUUCUAGAAACUGGGAGUGAUCUCACUGUUUGUAAAGCCCAGCCCUUCCCAAUCUGCAAGCUCACCUUCCAACUCUGAGCCCAGCCCAGUCUCCCCACAUAUAUAAACGACAGCCUGGAGCCCAGCUCACAGCUCUCUCCUGUUGCCUGUGCCCUCUAGCCACUCUGCUCUCUCCAGCACUCUCAUCUCCUGCAACCAUGUCCAGCAAAUCCACCGUGAGGACCCACAGCAGCAGCCGCCGGGGCUUCAGUGCCGGCUCGGCCAGGCUCCCUGGGGUCAGCCGCUCUGGCUUCAGCAGCGUGUCCAUGUCCCGCUCCCGGGGCAGCGGCCUGGGUGGCGUGUGUGGGGGAGCUGGCUUCGGCAGCCGGAGCCUUUAUGGCCUGGGGAGCUCCCAGAGGAUCUCCAUCGGAGGAGGCAGCUGUGCCGUCGGUGGCGGAUAUGGUGGCAGAGUGGGCAGCGGCUUUGGCCUUGGAGGUGGAUUUGGCUUCGGCGGUGGAGCCGGUGCUGGCUUUGGACUCGGUGGUGGAGCUGGCUUUGCCGGCGGCUACGGGGGCCCUGGCUUCCCCGUGUGCCCCCCCGGAGGCAUCCAAGAGGUCACCGUCAACCAGAGUCUCCUCACCCCUCUGAACCUGCAAAUCGACCCCACCAUCCAGCGGGUGCGGACUGAGGAGCGCGAGCAGAUCAAGACCCUCAACAACAAGUUCGCCUCCUUCAUCGACAAGGUAUGCUUCCUGGAGCAGCAGAACAAGGUCCUGGACACCAAGUGGACCCUGCUGCAGGAGCAGGGCACCAAGACCGUGAGGCAGAGCCUGGAACCUUUGUUCGAGCAGUACAUCAACAACCUCAGGAGACAGCUGGACAGCAUCCUCGGGGAGAGAGGCCGCCUGGAUACCGAGCUCAGAGCCAUGCAGGACACAGUGGAGGACUUCAAGAACAAAUAUGAGGAUGAAAUCAACAAGCGCACAGCAGCCGAGAAUGAAUUUGUGACUCUGAAGAAGGACGUGGAUGCUGCCUACAUGAAUAAGGUUGAACUGCAAGCCAAGGCAGACUCUCUGACAGAUGAGAUCAACUUCCUGAGAGCCUUCUACGACGCUGAGCUGUCCCAGAUGCAAACCCACAUCUCAGACACCUCCGUGGUGCUCUCCAUGGACAAUAACCGUAGCCUGGACCUGGACAGCAUCAUCGCCGAGGUCAAAUCCCAAUAUGAGGCGAUUGCUCAGAGGAGCCGGGAUGAGGCUGAGUCCUGGUACCAGACCAAGUACGAGGAGCUGCAGGUCACAGCAGGCAGACAUGGGGACGACCUGCGCAACACCAAGCAGGAGAUUGCAGAGAUCAACCGCAUGAUCCAGAGGCUGAGAUCUGAGAUCGACCACGUCAAGAAGCAGUGCGCCAACCUGCAGGCCGCCAUCGCCGAUGCUGAGCAGCGCGGGGAGAUGGCCCUCAAGGAUGCCAAGGGCAAGCUGGAAGGGCUGGAGGACGCCCUGCAGAAGGCCAAGCAGGACAUGGCACGGCUGCUGAAGGACUACCAGGAGCUGAUGAACGUCAAGCUGGCCCUGGACGUGGAGAUCGCCACCUACCGCAAGCUGCUGGAGGGCGAGGAGUGCAGGCUGAACGGCGAAGGCGUUGGACCAGUCAACAUCUCCGUGACGCAGUCCACCAUCUCCAGUGGCUAUGGUGGCUCCAGUGGUGUCAGCGGUGGCUUAGGCCUGGGCGGAGGCAGCGGCUAUUCCCACAGCGGUGGCUACUCCUAUGGAAGUGGUCAGGGGCUCGGAGGUGGCUUCAGUUCCAGCAGUGGCAGAGGCAUGGGCGGUGGCCUCAGCUCCAUGGGAGGUAGCAUCAAAUACACCACCACCUCCUCCAGCAGGAAGAGCUACAAGCACUGAAGCCCUGACGCCAGCUCUUGGGUCCCACAGUCCUCAGGCCAUUCUCUGGCCUCAGAGUGUCCCCCAUGGUUGCUUGUCCUCUCCUGGCCUCUGGUCUCUCCCGUUCUCUGAGUUGGAGCUGAGCAUGCCGGGGACCCUCCCUUCUCCUCUCUGCCUCUUUUUGUCCCCCUGAGCCUAACCCCUUGUUUACCACCAAAAGGUCAAAUACUCUGAUUUUACAUCAUAGUGUAUCACCACUGGGGCUUCACUUUGUUACUAAUUUAUUAACCUCUUGCCUCCAAAGUUCUAUCUUUGAGGUUGAGCAUUACAAGAAAAUUAUCUCUGCCCCUUUCAUUACAGAAAACUCUGCCUGGGGCUUAUUUCAAAACAGCUUCCAUAUAAUAUCAUUUGGUCUUCCAAUUUCCCACCUUUUAAUUCUUGUGACCCUUCCUUGCAGUGUCAAUGGAGACACAAGUGAUCAGCCCUAAUGUCUAGAGUCUGUAUCCCUAUGAUGUUUUCUUUGCUCUUUGCUCUCCUUUUAAUUGUCAAA